UUCCUCUUUUAACGGAACUACCGAGGGAUUAAGGUUGAUAAUGUGGUAUUAUGAGUGGUGUAUCAUAACUCUGGGUGUCUCUAUCUUCUUCAAUCACGCCAGAUCCAUCAAUAUCUCCUUUUUGAUAUCCCCCUUCAAUCUUUAUACGUGACUCAUAUUAUCUAUCGUCUUAGCAACAACUUUUAAAAAAACUUCUUUUACUCAACGCUUCCCUAGUAAAUGCCGCCAAGUUUUAUUUUUCUUCUAACGGCACUAAGCAUUUCUAGAAAUUAAUCCUAGCAUUGGAAAUGACAUUUUUUUGUUGUUUUUUGUCUUAUUUUGUAAAAAAAGUAGAUGCUUUACUAUUUAUUUGUCUCGUGUAUUGUUAUAAAUUAGUAUAUUUUUCCUGUUAGUGUAGGUUAGCCUCUCUAUUUUUUACCCUCCAAAUAUUAACAUGAGGGAGAGGUUUUCAUUGAUUUAAAAAAAUGAAGGGCAGCUAGAUGAAAACAAGACGUGGAGUAAAUAAAUAGAGAGAGUGAGUGACACAAAAAUUUUUAUUUUUCUUUUAAAAACUGGUUUUUUGUACCAUUUUUGUUAUAUAAAUAUAUUUUUAUAUUUAAUUUAAUAAUAAUUUUUUCAAAUUUUCAGAUUUAAAUCAAAAUAUUUAUUCCUUAAAUUAAUUGGACAACAGACUAUUUUUUCAAUUUUUCACAACUCAACGAAAAAAAAACGAGAUGAGUCAUCAACAGCCGAAUGCACCGCCUCCCUACGAUAGUGCGCAAAAAUAUUCUGCUUAUCCGGACAUUAACAUGCAAGGCGAUCCUUACCAACCAAAUAUGCAAAAUCCAUACCCGCAACAACAGGCGCCACAACAGCCUGCACCUACGACGACUUAUGUUUAUGUUAAUGAUGGACAGCGCCCGCCGUUUGGACCACAACCGCAAAAUGCAUAUUGCCCGACUUGUCAGCAAAGUGUGCUUACAAAAGUUAAACAUUCUGCUGGUCUUUUAACUUGGCUUGUUUUUGGUGGAUGCUUAAUAUUUGGAUGUUGGUUGGGCUGUUGUUUGUUGCCAUUUUGCAUGGAUGACUGUCAAGAUUGUGAGCAUUUUUGCAGUAAUUGCAACACUUUCUUGGGCCAGUACAAACGCCUCUGAAUGAAGAGACUUUCUGCUAUUUUUAAAAGUAAAAAGAAGACACAUUUUGCGAUAUAUUUCAUUAUCUUUUCAUUUUUAUAAACAUUUGACAAUUUUAAUUGAUUAGCGUUGAAAGGGUUCUGUUGGCCUUUUGAAUGUUUUGAACAUUUUUCGUUUGAUAUCUUACUUUUCUUUUAACAUUUAACAAUAUUCGUUUCAAAAUUCAAAAAUCUGCGAUAUUUGGCAUAAUGCAAAAUAUUAAGAUUAAAUGACACUUCAUCCCAAAAAUCAAUAAUCGAUUUUUGAUGUUUCAUUUGGCGUCCUCUCUCGUUCAUCUUUAGCAAAGAUGUUCUACAACAGAAUGCUUCUUCAGCAGCAGCAAUAAACAACAGC